ACACUAGCAAUAAUUUCACCCAUUUGUAUACAACUCUAGUCCAAAAAGGCAUUAUCUGAGGUGACACAGAACUAGAGUAUCUAAGGGUAAUUGAAUCGAGUCUCCUAAGGGACAUCAAAGAGUCGGGGCUGUCAAUUAUUAUAUUUGCAAGAGAUUAUGCUUGUUCAGCUUGGUGGUUUGACGAAGUUGUCAAGAUUGUUGGAUUCAUGAAAAAGAUGAAAUCGGACACUGUUUUUCCAGUUUCAGCAGUUUCUUAUAAUGUCGAGCAAUCAAGGGUAGAUGCACAAGCAGAGAGUUACACGAUUGUCUUCGACAAGGAUGAAGAAGAUUUCAGUGAAGAUAUGGAGAAGGUACGAAGGUGGAUGGAUAUUCUCACCGAGGUCGCCAUUUCAUCUGGAUCGGAAUCAUCGAAAAGGGUGAAUGACGACAUGGAUUGGGAAUAUGUUUCACGGGACUGAUCUGGAGUUUGUGCUAAACGUCCGGAAAUGAUAGUCCUUGAGGAAGGAAACAAGCUUGAUAAUGAUUUUGAAUUCGAUGUUGUUAGAAAUAUUUCAAGAUAGAAAUAAAUAAGAAGUUGA